AAUGGGCAGGCUGCAGCCUAUUUGUUGUGUCCUAUAAUAAUGUGGCGGCGGUGGAGAAGAGGAGGGGCUGUGAGGCUGGAGGACCAACACGAACACACACACACACACACACACUCACACAAACAUAGGCACACAUUCAUACUGGCGCACACAUACACAGCAGCCGUUACAGGGAAGAUGGAGGACGGUGUGGCAGCGGCGGAGCGGACCUCCAGCCUGCUGCAACAUCACUGCUGAAAGCAGAAAGCAGUUACCUGGUGGUUUCCAUGACAACCAACAAUCCUGCGCCCAUAGAGUGAGAGAAAGGGGAGAGGCACACUGAUUUCAGCACGGCACAGUGAAGUGAGGAAGGCACCGCUAAUGAAGCUCUGUUAAGCUGGUGACAGACAUUUUGCAUCUCGCCAGUUAAGGUUAGAAGCAGUAACCUGACUGAAAGCAAUCUAUGUAUUGAAGCGAAAUCGAGAAGACUCCAGAUUCAGAAGGCAGCUUAUCUUCUCCAUACAGAAGAAAUCUGGGUUACAGCUCUCAGUGGAGCCAACAUCUCUUUGACAAAAUCAGUUGCACUGUGUGUGGUGCUCUGGAGAGAAAAAUAGCAUCACAGAAUCUAAAACUACUGUUGUCAAGUUGCACCUGGUAACAGAAGAUUUGCCCUGACCUCAUACGUACAUCAACAGGUGACAGCCUCUUAAAACCUUUCUCUGACACCUUGAACUAAACAGAACCGGACAGUCAUGAACCCACAAGAGACAGAGAUUGGCCAAGAAGUGAUGGAGGAGACUGAUGCUCCUACUCGCCAUCGCCACAACAACCACGGCAGCCGGUCACGUAACCACAGCAACCAAGAAAAGCGCUAUAGACGUUGUGAAGCUCCGGCUGGAGGAAGUGCUGGUGGUAGAGCCAGGGCAUCACAGCAGCGCAGGCCACAGGAGGAUCAAGACAUGGAGCUGCAACAUGGAGCUCAGUCUCCGCAGCCCCAGCCCAUUCCCAGACCUGCAGUGACACGUUAUCGCAGACAAGGGGACAGCGAGGCCCGGAUCAGAGCCCAGCAGCAGAGGCACAGACAGAGGCAGCAGAGAGAGGCAGAGCGAGCACAAUAUCUAGCUCAACAACAAGAGAAGCAGCACCACGCAGAGAUGACCCAGGAAGAUGAACGAGAGAGGGAUGAUUCAGUGCUGGCCCGCUCAGCGAGCACCGAGAGCGGCUUCCACACCCACACUGACCGGGCUGAGGGGGAUGAUGGUCUGGUGAUAAUGCCUCUGGAACCUGAGGGGCAACCAGAGGUGGAGGACGAGACGGGGAACUACGGAGUCCAGCUACGGCCAGAAGCAGAGGGAUACAGCGAGAGUGCUGAGGCUGAGCAGCAACAUCUCCAUCUACAUCCUAACUAUCCUCCUCAGCCCCCACCCCUUCCACGUGACCCCCUGCCUGAUAUACAAAAUCCCCAGAGAGAAGAUGAAGCAGAGGAAAUGUUGAACGCUGGCUACUCCAACUAUGUCUACACCCAGCCCCUGAGCCACUCAGGAGGAAGGAUCGAUGCCUCGACAGGUCAGAGCUUGGAGAGUUUAGACACUGGAGUUGUGGACGAAGCCUACUCUGAACCAUAUGACAUUUACUCACUCUCUGAGCAUGUUUAUGAAGAAAUCUGCGAUGUUCCGACAUCAGUUUCAUCAGCUGCAGAUGGAGCUGGGGACACAGAGUCUCUGCAACAGAGGAGGGCUGGCUUUCAGCUGUUGGAGGGCCGGGUGGGAGGUGGAGACUACCAUCAGCAAGAGGCAGUGGGAUCCCGCCUGCGCCACUAUGAUGAACGUUCUGAUGGCGAGUCUGACAGCCCAGAGAAGGAGGCAGAGUUUGCGCCGUACCCACGUGCCGACAGCUGCGACCAGGAGGAGGACAUCGACAGCAUCGUGGCUGAGGUCAAAGAAAGCCUAAGCUCUCAGAGUCUUCAGUGUGCUGCAGAAGACACCGUAGAUGAAGAAAACGAGCAACCACAGGAAGACGACAAACCACAUGCUGACUCCCAGACCGACUCGGACAAAAACCACAAAGCUACUAGCCGAGUUAAACCUGCCAGAAAACAGGCUUCGAGUCCUUCAGAGGAGGAUAUAGCAGUGAGGAACAGUCAGGAGAAGAGGGACGCCAUAUCCCUGGCCAUCAAGGACAUUAAGGAGGCCAUAGAGGAGGUGAAGAACAGAACAGUGAGAUCUCCUUACACACCUGAUGAGCCUAAGGAGCCUAUUUGGGUGAUGAGACAGGACCUGAGCCCCACUGCAGAGUGUGACCUGCAGCCAACACUGGGAGGCGAUUCUCCUGGUUCAGGCUCUCCGUCUCCUCCAGGAGCAGAGUCAUCGAGCAGACAUCUGCUGCAAGAUGACAGCUUUGAAUCUUCUCCCUCCAGUAAAGAGUCCAGGAAAAGCCUUGCAUCCUUCCCGACAUAUGUAGAAGUCCCAGGCCCAUGUGACCCAGAGGACCUGAUCGAUGGGAUCAUCUUUGCAGCCAACUACCUGGGCUCCACCCAGCUGCUGUCCGACAAGACACCGUCCAAGAACAUCCGCAUGAUGCAGGCGCAGGAGGCCGUCAGCCGCAUCAAGACGGCCCAGAAAUUAGCCCAGCACAGGAAGAAGGCCUCAGAGGGUGAGCCUCAGCCCAUGACGGAGGUGGAUCUCUUCAUCUCCACCCAGAGAAUCAAAGUGCUCAACGCUGACUCCCAGGAGACCAUGAUGGACCACCCUUUGCGGACCAUCUCCUACAUUGCCGACAUUGGCAACAUUGUGGUUCUUAUGGCCCGCCGUAGGAUGCCUCGACCCGACUCCCAGGAGAAUGUGGAGGCCUCAGACCCUGGUCAAGACAGCAAGCGCCAGUACAAGAUGAUCUGCCACGUCUUUGAGUCUGAGGAUGCCCAGUUGAUUGCCCAGUCCAUCGGGCAGGCCUUCAGUGUGGCUUACCAGGAAUUCUUACGGGCCAAUGGCAUAAACCCUGAGGACCUAAGCCAGAAGGAGUACAGUGACCUGCUCAACACACAGGACAUGUACAAUGAUGACCUCAUCCACUUCUCCAAGUCUGAAAACUGCAAAGAUGUGUUCAUAGAGAAAGCUAAAGGAGAGAUUCUGGGCGUGGUCAUUGUGGAGAGUGGGUGGGGCUCCAUCCUGCCCACUGUCAUCAUUGCCAACAUGAUGCAUGCUGGGCCAGCUGAGAGGUCUGGCAGACUGAACAUAGGAGACCAGAUCAUGUCCAUUAAUGGGACCAGUCUAGUGGGACUGCCACUGUCUACCUGUCAGAGCAUUAUCAAGGGUCUUAAGAACCAGUCUCAGAUCAAGCUAAACAUUGUCAGAUGCCCCCCGGUGACCACUGUACUCAUCAGACGGCCAGACCUCCGCUACCAGCUGGGCUUCAGCGUCCAGAAUGGGAUUAUCUGUAGCCUUAUGCGUGGGGGCAUUGCCGAACGGGGCGGGGUCAGAGUGGGUCACCGCAUUAUCGAGAUCAACAGCCAGAGCGUGGUGGCCACUCCACAUGAAAAAAUCGUCCACAUCCUGUCCAACGCUGUGGGAGAGAUCCACAUGAAGACAAUGCCUGCAGCCAUGUACCGCCUGCUGACCGCCCAGGAGCAGCCUGUUUACAUUUAAAAAGACAAAGCCCUGACCUCACACACCCUUUAAAUGUCCCGCAAUCAUCAGUCACUCCCCAAGCUGACACCCUCUGCCCCCGUGCUCAUCCUGCGCCCUUCUACCCACAUCUGGACUAUAGUGAGCUUGUUGGGCUGUUCUGUUGCUCAGCUUUGUCUUCACGUGACAACAACAGAGAAACCUGACAAAUUUGUUUGUGUGCUUUGGCUAAAGGUACAACUAGUUGAAAGGAUGUUUACACCUGAUGCAUUUUCACCACCUUGUAGUGCUCCACACCAUGACUGGGCUUUCAACUGUGCUGCUAUGUCACUGGCAGAGCACUGCCUGUGGCUAGUAAUUUCUCCUCCACCAAAUCAUUGAUGUGACAAAAUCUUUUUUUUUUUUUUUUUUUUGAUUGAUGUGCAUUUUAUGCACUCAUGCUUUAGCUACAUUCCAUGGGACCAAGCUUGCUUUCGACCUCAGCUCUCUCUCCUGCCACUGUUAUUCCCUCAGACUACUCCACUAUGGUGUUCUUUGCACAACACAGAGCUCUCCACAGAGGGAGUAUGUGAAUCUCGCUGACAAAUGAGUGUGUGAAUACACACUCCCCCUCAUCACAUUCCACAAGUUGGCUGCAUUGUUGAAGCAUUUCAUGCAGCUCCAUUUUGUAUUUCGCAUUUCCAACAGGAAAGCUUUUACGCUAUUGUAGUUUGGUUGUUUUGUUUCCAUUUGGUUAAUUUUUGUAUCCUCUGUACAUAGCACCAGCAGUUGCUCCAGUCAGCAUGUAAUGACCCCCAUUAGACUCCUCUGAUCCACCACAGACCAGUGUCCAAACAUCAAGCUGACUCACAUGAGACCCUGUUCCACCAAACCUGAUGACCUAAGACGUCCCCGUGUCAAGGUGUUUAUACAAGAUGCGGGAAUGGAAAGUAAGCCCGCUGUUUUCUAAGUUACCCCAGGCUGAUGAAUCUAAAUGUGAUGGUUAUUCCCUUUCUUCCCCUGAAAUCGGGAGGAGAGGAUAAAACAAUCCUCUGCCUCUUGUGUGGUGGACAAACAAUAUGAGCAUACCAAGACUUAAUAUUUUGGCUUCUGUUCACUGCUUUUUUUUUGAUAAUGUAAGUUAUGUGGCAUGAGUUUAGGAUGACAACAUGCUACCACAAGUGGAUGUACAAAGCACCAUACUGCACUGUGUACGAUAGUGUAGGCAUUUUCUCUGAAGGUUUGGGGGGGCUCUGCGCUACUAAAAGGGAUGUACAUUAAACACUGCUCAUCGCAAAUACAGCAACAAAUGUAUGGGGGAAAAAAACACUUUCACAGCACUAAUUUCAUCAGCACAACAACCACCACUCUGUUGUUCUCAGCUUCUCUUUCUAACUCAAAUACUGUUCACUUCCAGUUAACUGUUUUAAGCGUGAUGGGGAACAGUGAGAGCAGUGGAAACAAACAUGAAGGAGUUAAAGCUGGAGCUGAUCAGAAAACAGGGAGGCUUUUUACCAAAAUAUGAUGAAAUAUGAUACACCCAUAAAAGACGAGAAUUUAAAUUUUGUCUCUAAAAUAAGCUUCUUUCAAGUCAAGACCUAAUUCUCUAAAUUAUGGUCGUGGUAACUAUUGGAGAAUUUACAGUAAUCAACAAAUAACAUUUAACCUAAGUGCAGUCAAGAUACAGUGUAACUAUUGAUCACCAAAGACAUACACAUUUCUACAUGUAGCAGUAUUUAAUAACCAAAUUUGUGAAUGGGUAACAGAAUUUUAUUAUGAGUUCAAUGUGUCAUUUUUGCGAAUUUUAAUGUUCUCUUAAAUGAUAAGAACUGGGUAAUUAUCAUUGGGAAGGAGGGCAUUUUACAGGAAGGGAAAUGUGUAAUCAGGAUUGCUAUUACACUAUUUUGAAUGAUGCAUGUGACAGCUGUGACACAAUACACAGUCCAGUUCAAUAUAUUUUCCAUCAGUGUAUUCAGACAAAGCUGUAUUUUGAGUCAAGCUGAGGGAAUACAUGUCCCUAACUGCAGCAUAACUGCAUGUAUUCCAAGGCCACUCUGUCUUCAGAUCAUACAGUGGAGUCAUACCGAAAGAGCAGCAAAUGUUCACCACAACAGUUCAUUUCCACCUAAGCUCUAAAUUAUCCCUCAACAGUCACAUUUCUGUUCCAGCAAUGCAAACCUGUCAGGCGUUAAACUCUUAUCAAAAGUGCAAUGAGUUUUUGUGUUCAUUUAGAAAAAGAUAAAAAAAAAAAAAAAAACAAAACUGAAACAUAACCCUUUUAGUCUGAUUUUCUUUCUCUAUAUUUUAAUGUUUCAGGGAAAUUCGAUAAAUACUGUGUAUUAAUACAUGAACACAGUGUAUAGUAGCUUGUUUUUUCAGAAUGGUGCUUUUCUUUAAUGUACUCUUGAAUGACAGUGUUUAACAAGUUGCUGUAUGUUUUAUCCCAUUUACUAUAAAAUGUAUAUUCUUUGCAUUGCUGGUGGCCAUUUCCAAAGUGCAAUAUGCUUUUUAUUUAUCUUUAAGAAAAUCAGCUUGCAAAAAAACCUGAAACCUGAGGUAGAUAAUCCAUCACAGUGAGCAUUAUUGUUGUUUCUAACCUUGACAAAUUGGAUGUUGGUAAGUCAGUGACUUCCUCUAGAAACAAAAAUAUAAAAAGGAAGGUUCUACUGUGGAAAAUGGUCAGCUGGGAUGUUGAGAAACAGUGUUGGGUUAAAACAUGCAACAACUCUGGCAUGGACAGACUGUGGAUGUUCCCGAUUGGCUGCUGUUUUGAACUGAAGAUACUUUGAAUCAACGUGUGUUUUAGUAAAAGUGCUGAGAAUCACGAGACAAACUAACGUGAGCAAAGUACGGAGGUUUUCCGUGACAGCCGUCUUGUAAAGAUAGGGGUAGGACAUGUUAAAUCUGUCACAGUGAAUGUUUUUAAUGCAUACUGAUGUAUGAUACAACAACAACAACACGCAUGAAUACCUUUUAAACUGGUUUACUUUUACUGGAAGAGGUUCUCUACCAUUUCCAUGCAUCAGGAGGUCAGUUAGACACCUGAUAAAUACAGUAAAUUCAAGUCUGUGGUACAGUUAUCCAGACUGGGCUAGAUGCCACACUCAUAUUUAGUAGUCUACAGUUGGCAUAUUUUGACUAACAGUAACAGUACUGUAAUAUUACAUUGAAUACAAGAACACAGUGUUAAGAUUGUCCCCUUGAUAAAACCUUGUUUGCUGGCUAGCAAGAUAGUUUUGCACAGGUUCCUCUUGUUCAUUUUUAACCAAUUACUUGCUGAUAAAAUGGAUGUUUACAUUUUAAAUCUACAGUACAUCCAAAAAGUAACUUUCAUACCUCACAGUCAGGUUUUUUUUUUUUGUUGAAAACGUCUGUAGCGGUGAAAUGAUCCCGCUCCUUUUCCACAGGCAAAGAGAGUAUCCUACUGAGAAUGUGCACGGUUAAGUGUCAUCACUCUAGCUCCACUCUCAUUGGAGGAACUGAAUGUGUUACAGUUGUCCCGUUUCAACAGCCCCUGGUCUCACCUGUCUGUCUAGAAAAGCCCAUCAACAAGCUGUUUUUAUUUCUUUUGGGUCAGAAAUGAGCUACAACACAGAGACUGAAGCUUGGACUGAAGCUGAAUUGAUGUUUUCUACUGUGACUGACUGCAAUGACAGAUGAUGUUAGAGUUUACACAAAAGCAGAAGGUCGUUUUCCUUUUCUCCUUUUUUUAUUUUGAGACUGUCACAGAUGGUGGAUCCAUGUUCUUCCUUGUAAAACUAAACCAGUCUGAAGAGGGAUUUGCUCUCCACAUGACUUGUGGUGUGUGCUAUCUGUAAGACUGAUGAACAACUCCAUGGAAAAAGGCUACUAAAUGUGGACUUUCUGGAUUUUUUGUGAAUCCCUGGAGCCUCUUUGCUGCAGUUCACUAAAGCAUUUGAACCCAUCAGCAACUCCUCUGCUCCCUUCCUAUUUCUCUGGGAAUGUACCCAUAUUUUUUAAAAAUUUAACAAGUUUUUGUUUUCCUGUUGGACAUUUUCAACAGGACUUGUGUUCUCCUUCUACUAUGAGUUUAAGGCUAAACUGUAACAUCUAUCCCAUUGUACAACCCUCUUUCAUAACCCACUGCUUAUUCCAAAUGUCUGUCCUCAUUACUGAAGCUCAUCUUGGCCUUACUACUGCUGGACUUUUUAUGAUGAUGAUGAUGAUGUUAAAACUGAUAUUGAAGAAGAAUAGACUGGAACACAGCUUCUCUGGAGCCAUGUGUUUACGCUGUACCAUUCUCACUUUUAGUGUGUGUGUGUGUGUGUGUGUGUGUGGCGUGUGUGGCGUGUGCGGUGUGUGAUUACAACCAAUGUACUCCAUGUUCAAACAAAAACCAGCUGGAUAUAUAAAAUACGCAUAUAGAUGAAAUAUAUAGAAAACUAUGUAAAGGUAUAUACUUCCAAUGGUUUUGUGCUUCAGUCAAUAGAAAGCAAUUUCAAGGGUCUUUAAACGUGAAUGGAAUGUACAAAACUUUGUGAAAUGACAUUCAUGUAUAUAUAUGUAUACAGCUAGAGCACAAGAUAAUUUAAGGUGUGUGAUAUUUUCCCUCCAUGUUCUGUCAGGGAUUGUAGGCUAGCGUAACACAAUGGAGCUAACCAAGGAAACAAGCACUUGAAGCCAGUAGCAGACAGCAGGGUUGGCUAACAAGUAUAUAUAAGUGCACUCAUUUUGAAUGUAACUGAAAUGUUAUCUCUCAAUGUGUCUAAAGAUUAAAGAACAUACAAGAAAUAUACCAUUUCUGCAAAGCAGCAGCAAUGUUUAUUUAUUUGCUAGCUUAUUUUUCCCGUGAUGUUCUAUUGGAGCUACAGUUCUGUACCAGAGCCAGAAUGUUUGUAACAGUAUUUACAACAAUAAAUGACUUGCAGAAGG